CUGAUCUUUUAUCAGAUGUGGAUUGGUUUGGAUGUGGACAUAAUGAGCCUUUUUGCUAAGAAUAAGUUUAUCAUUAUCUUUCAAUAGUAAAAAUUAUGAUAUGAUUUGAAAGAUAUGUUUUAUAUUGUAUAUAUUCUGAUGUAUGUGCUAGAUAUAAUAUUAAUUAAACUUUAUGUUAAAAUGAAAUUUAACAUCACAUGGUUUUCAUUGCAAUCUGUAACCCGUUUCAUUUCAAUUCUGGACUAAAUUAUAAUAUAUAUAUCUAUCUAAAUUAUUAAGAACUGUCUUAAAAUGUAACAAUUACAAUAAAUAAGAAUAACUUACAGUGUAUUCUAAACAGAAAAACAAUGAUACAGCAUAAUCUUUACAAAACAUGUUUUGAAUUGAAAUGUGUUUAAUACAUACUUAAAACAUUACAAAUAUUACUAAAAGACUUAUCAAUUACAUUUGUAAUAAUGUAAGGAUUGUAGAAAGGUAGUCGGAAAUGUCACCUGUUUACUGUUAAUUAUCAAAAUGGCUAGUUUGAGAUGGCGAAAUAUAAAAAAGUGUGUUUACCCUAUUUGAAAAAGUGCUGGAAGAAAAAAAGAAAAACGAAGCAACGUAGUUCGUAUUUCUUGCUGGGUACCAGUGAAAAUCUAGCAACUAUUGGUUAUUGUGAAACGGAAAUGGAACUCCGGGUUGGAAACAAAUACAGACUAGGACGAAAAAUCGGAAGUGGCUCUUUUGGAGAUAUAUACCUUGGAACUAAUAUUUCUACUGGUGAAGAGGUAGCAAUCAAACUAGAAUGCAUACGAACAAGACAUCCUCAGCUGCAUAUAGAGUCAAAGUUUUACAAAAUGAUGCAAAAUGGAGUUGGGAUACCUACCAUCAAGUGGUGUGGAUCGGAAGGUGACUAUAAUGUUAUGGUUAUGGAACUGUUAGGCCCGUCGUUAGAAGAUUUGUUUAAUUUUUGUUCUCGUCGUUUUUCUCUUAAGACUGUUUUGUUAUUAGCUGAUCAAUUGAUCAGUCGGAUAGACUUUAUUCACAGCAGAAAUUUCAUUCAUAGAGAUAUUAAGCCUGACAAUUUUCUAAUGGGUCUUGGCAAAAAAGGGAACUUAGUGUAUAUUAUAGAUUUUGGAUUAGCAAAAAAAUACAGGGAUGGAAGGACACAUCAGCACAUUCCAUAUCGGGAAAACAAAAACCUGACUGGGACAGCAAGAUAUGCAUCGAUAAAUACUCAUCUUGGCAUUGAACAAAGUAGGCGAGAUGACCUCGAGUCUCUAGGCUAUGUACUGAUGUAUUUCAACAGGGGAUCAUUGCCUUGGCAAGGCCUCAAAGCGGCUACCAAGCGUCAGAAAUAUGAACGUAUUAGUGAAAAAAAGAUGUCCUCAUCCAUUGAUGACCUCUGUAAAGGAUAUCCGGGGGAAUUUGCGAUGUACUUAAACUACUGCCGCUCUUUAGGGUUCGAAGAGAGGCCCGAUUACUCCCUCUUAAGGCAGACUUUCAGAACUCUAUUCCACAAGAAGAUGUUCACAUAUGACUAUGUGUUUGAUUGGAAUAUGCUCAAGUUUGGCAAUAACCGAUCAGGCAACAAUGAAGACAACUGUGGAGGAGGAGGGGCCGUUGCUGCUUCCGGUGGUGGUAGGCUUCCUGGGACCUUGGCCACGAACGACCGAGGAACCAAUGGCGGCCAGCGCAGGGCCAGGCCCGCUCUCGCGUUACCUCCAAGUAACUCUCCCAAUACUGGUGGCGCUGGAGGUAGGAGCAGCGGCAGGACAGGCGGUGAGGAGCGCAGAGUACUCAUGAGGCUCCAUCGAACUCCGCUGCCAUCUACUCUGGACCUGACCUUGCCGAGAGGGAACACACCGACUUCGCCCCUGCUACAGUCCCAGCUCGACAACAGCUGCGGCGGGGGCGGGGGAGGGGGAGCAACGAUGGCGCCACCGCUGAGUCCGCCUUCAGGAGGAGCACGGCGCGGUUCCCUGUCCAAGGGAGACACCGCUCGCAAGAAAUGAAAGCACGAUCCCCCCACGACAUGACCAGGAGCAGACCAUCAGCCCCGCUAGGUCGUCAGUACACCGUCAGCAGAUUAAGAGGCAUGCCUUGUAUUUGUUGUCAUAGCCCCAACGCGCUCUCUCAUCACUAUUUUAUAUAUUGUAAUUAGUGUCGUUUGUCUCGUCUCCGCACUAGUUUAUUAUUAUUUUUCUUUUUAACUAAUCACAACAAUCUAUAACCAACCCAUCACUAUGAAUAUUUAUCUUUUAAAAAAAAAUAGAUAUUGAUAAGGAACAUAUCUAAACAGAACUUUAAAAAUAAAAUGAGUGUAUUUUCCUGUAAAUAGUUUGUUUCAUCUACCAAUGCGAAUGUUUUCGUGAAGAGUUUAGGUAUAUGUGAGUAAAAGAGUUUAUGAAAUAGUCUUCUAUGAUUAUUUUGAAUCGGGGAAUCCACCAUAGAUUCCCUUUAUUGUUGUGAUUGUCACAUUGUUUCAUAGUUAAUGCGUUAUUUAAAAGUGAAGGCUGUUUUUCGUUUUUUUUUUAUAUUUUUUCUGAAAUUUUUCAAUGUGAUAUGAAACAAUGUGUUUGUUUCUUUUAUAAGUACCAUAAAUUAUAUCGUGAUUUUAUAUGUUAAAAAUUUGACUACAUUCAUUAUAAAUCUCCAGGUUUCCAACAACUAAUUAUGUAGCAAGAUGUUAGCACCUCACUGUUAGGUGUUUAGUUUUUAUGUAAAUAUGUACUGUUAUGUGAUGCUAUAGUAUAAGAUUGUAUAGGAAUGAAUAUAUAUAUAUAAAUAUAUAUACAUACAUGUAAUUCUUUUUUAUCUCCUUAGAAUUUAGGUCUAUAUGUAUUUUUUUUCCUCUAAAUUCUUUAUAUUGUUAAUUUUAAUUUAAAAUUAUCUAGUAAAAAGAAUUUUUGUACAAAUUAAGUUUAUUGACUCAUCUGAUAACUUUAGUGCGAUAAAAGAAUUUCAUUAGUACAUGGCUAGUUUUCGACUUGUUUGGAUUAAUAUUGUUUGAUGUUUUUUAUGUCAAGAAUUUGAUAAUCAUAUUCUUUCUUGUAUAAAUAUGUGCCGUAAGUGUAUAGUAAAUCCUCAGGAAUUUUACCGGAAAAAAAUGUUGGGGACUAUUUGGUUGUUGUUGAGGCGAAUUGCGUGGGGGGGGAGGCCACGCAGGCCAGUACAUUCUGGAUAUAUUUCCAAAGAAAAUCUCGUUCGGUGUCUAAUCACAUCACCCAAACGAACCAAUUGAUGAUAUGUAUAUAUUUUAUGUAACAUAAAUUAAAAAAAAAAAUAAAUAAAAAAAUUGUGUCAAAUUUGAAUGUAUUUGAUUUUUUCAUACUCUUAGAAUAAAUUAAUAAGUGUGUUUAUAUAUUAUAUGUAUAUUAUAUAGAUUUAAAGGAUGUAAAAAAUGUUUCAAUUUAUUCGAAAAUCACCUUCCCAAGAUAUUUAAGUGUCAUUCCAGUAUUGGUCAAUCACAAAAAUGCUAGGAAUGAGCAAGGCACUUAAACGUAUUAAAGACAGAGCUGUUUUUAUAAGUGGUGCGUUGUUUUUUAUUAAUUUUUUUUCUUACUUUUAACAUGUGAGUUUUAUGUUCAUAAACAUGUAAAGUAUGUGUAUGUGUGUGUGAAUGCAGAUUGUCUUUUCUUUUUUUUAAAACAAUAAAAAAAAAGACUGAUUGCUUGUGAGAGAAAUAAUUCUAAAGUUAUUCCCCUUGAAUAGUUUGUAUAUUGGCCUAUAAAGAACUGUUUUUGUUUUUUGUACUUGUUAAAAAUAUUUUACAAAAGAAACUUAGUUUCGAGUUAGACGUUCUACCAAAUCACAAUAGAAUAGAUUUACCUAGGUUGCAAAAAAUAGUUUGUAAAUUUCUUUAAAAAUUAAUGGGAAAACAUUAAAAUUAGUAAUUUUUUUAUUAUUUGUAUUCUUAACAUAUAUCUCCUUAUGGCCUUUUUGCCCAAGGCGAAUUAUAUUGUCAUUAACUUAUGCCUCAAUCGCUUCGACUUAUAUCGUCGAUAUAAUGUAUCGUCUCAUGAUAAUAUAUCACUCACCGUAGGUAAUGGUAUAUCAAUUGUAAUUACAUUAUAUAAGAAAAUUGUUAGCUAUUUGAUCAAUAAUUUGUUCCUAAUUUGUAUAUAAUAUUGACUUUAUUAAACUGCCUAAUUAUAAUGUCCUUUUUUUCCUCCGAAUAAAUUGAAACACUUUAUUUAAAGAAAUAAUGAAAAAAUGACUUAUUAGUCGACCAUAUUUUAUAUUGUUACCAGUUUAUGUGCUGGUAAGAUUCAUUUUACACACUAAAUAAUGACAUGUUUACCAAUAUACCGGUUAGUAAUUUUGUAACUGUGCAGGUCAUAUAUUGAUAAUGAAGCAUUUCGGAAAAACUAAUUAAACAUUUUUUUUUAUUUAUUUAAAAUUUUAUUUCAGUCAUUUUCGAUUUGGAAAUUAUUGAUUUUUGUUGUUUAAAUGUGACAGUUUAAUUGUUUUCUAUGGGCAUUAUAUGUUAAUGUGUUUUGAACAGAUUAUAAUUAUUUUAUAUAUAUAUAUUUUUUUUUUUUACUAACUUGAAAUAAUGAUUUUUAGAUGGCUUUUAUAUUUAAGGUCCUUUAAUACAGUCAGUUUAGUAAGUGGAAUGCUUACAAAUUCUUAAUAACUGAGGAGUAAAUGUGUUCAAUUUCAUUAUCAUAAGUCACUUUGUACAUUUUAUAUUAUGGCUGUAUCAAUUUAGCCGGAGGUUAUUUUAUAACUAAUACAUGAAAAUUAAUAAAUAUACUUGUGGUAAUGAAAAUGGAAAAUAGUUUUGUGUUAGCUACACAGAUGUGUAUUAACAAUAUUUUUAAGUGUUGUGAAUUCUAGUGAACAUUCAUGGCAAAAUGUUGCAUUAAUGCCAUUUAGGAUUUAUUCGAUAUAUUAUCAAGUGUAUGAAAGGUCAGAUGUCAGACAAAAAAAAAUUAAUUUUGCUUUUAUAUCCUUGUGAAAUCCAUUUGCUGUACUGCUUUAAAUAAAAUAAAAAAAGCAUGUCAUGUGCUAUUUGUUUGCUGGCAUCACAACUUUAGCUUAUUCGUCUAUAUUUAUUAAUUUUCAAUUUUUUUAACAAUCAUUUGUUUAGGUUAUGUAAAUAUUUACAAACCUAUUUUAAUUUAUACUUUAAUUUUCUAAUUGAUUGUUUUACUAUUAAAAUAAAUCACUACUUGCUUUGUUCGAAAAUAUGAAUAUGUUUCAUUCAAGUAGUUAAUCGUCAACCCUGCCAUCUGUAGAUUGUGAAUUAAUUACUUUUGAAUGAUAAUAUGGCUGAUUUUUCAACAGCCCUGAUUUUAAAUCUGUUAUAAUCAUUAUUAGAUUUCAUAUUCUAAACAUGAAUAUAAAUGACAAAUAUAAAAGAAUUUUCAUUG